AUCCAGUGUCGUGUCGCUUUCACGACGAUCGUGCGCGGUUCAUUGCGGUUCCUUCAGCUUUGAAAGUUGUCCGCUACUCUGCAGCGAACUCGUCUACGAAAUUCGAAGAAUCUGUGUUUCGUCUCUCACGAUCUUACGAUUCCAUGAUCGAACGUUGCCUUCGUAGAAAAGUAUCUUUCGUCUUUGUCAGCCGAAAGAUUACACAAUUUCAUCGCGUCUUGUGAAUCUACACGCCGACCAUAUACGACGAUUCGUUUGUGAGCGGCGCACCGUGAGUGAGAUUAUCGAGAAAUUAUGUUCUUGUCAAAGGAUUUACCGAGUGGCACGUUUGGUAAUUCGUCAUGGUGUUGCCCGAAGGAUUUACAGUCCGAAAAAUUACUGCAUUCUGUUAAUUGAAACGAAGCGUUACAUAUGGAAAUUCCUUAGGGACGCAUUUUGUCCGUUACGUACGAUCGAUUAUCGAUAACGAUUUACGUACUGUAUGCCUGGAGUGAUUCGCGCGAAGUUUGGGAAGCUUGUUUCGCGUGCAUCAUGAUUGGUAAAGUGGUUACUUCGAAGAUGACGAUUCUGCGCGAGAGGAACUAUCGACUGGUUUCCUUGAGAGUGGAUGAGGCUGUACGCGGACUGAAGGAGACUUUAAGGAUUGCACUGUAAUUGCAGACUCGAUGCCACGGUGGAAAGCGAUUUCCUUGUCUCGCAUUGGCGUCGCUCUUUGUCCGAUGUCAGCGAUGAUUUACGAGCGCUGUCGGUGAAAUUUUUUAACGGAUGGAGUGAUCGAUAAACGUAGAACGGAUCUUUUCGUGAUUCGAUCGCUUGCGGAGCCGAGUCGGUAUCAGAUAUGGAAUUUAAUUUUCUCCGAUCGCGAAAUUUCCUAUGCAAUUAAAAAUGGCUUAGUUUCGAUCGUUUAAAGUAUAAACUGAAUUUUCCGUCAAUUUUACACGUUGCAUUAUUAUAUUCGAAAUAUCCGAAUAUACAUCAUAUCAUAUGUAUAUAAUAUUCGUGAUAACGAUAUUGAAAAUAGUCGAUAUCGUCGAUGAAAACGCGUGCUAAAGGGCAAAUUCUUCGAUAGAAGCGAAGGAGUUAUAAUCGUUGUCCAUGGGAGUUGGAAGAAGCGGGUUGCAAGAUUUAACAAGUUCGUGCUUGUGUUACCAAAAGAGUGCAUUUGUGCGCGCGUGUAGUGUAGUGAAAUAAAGUACCGAGUGAAUUGCGUCGAUUGUCUUUGGACGUGCGUUAUCGUACGGUUUCAUCCAACGUUUUGCGGCUUAAAUUACGUUUGGCUGGGAGGACGAGCGGGAAAGCGGUGGGAGCGGAUAACGAAGAAGAGAACGAGCGCGAAGGAUGCUGGCUGCCGUGAGGCCGUUCGUCCAAGCAGAAGCUGAGACCGCAACCAGAGCGAUCAGACAACGCCGCAUCGCCAUCUGCCCGGCACUCUGCGAGGUUCCCUGAGCUACUCUCACAGCCACCGGCACAACCAUCUCCACAGACAUGAUCCACCGUUGCCACCGGCAUAUUGCACUCCGCCUCCGCCGCCCACCUCCAGUUUGCCCACAGUGCAGCGUGGCUGUGCCCUGCAUUCGAGGCUCGACCAGCCGGUGACCAGCUCGACGUCCGGAAUGGACAGCAAAAAGGUUGUCCAGGCGGCGCCGCUGCCCGUACCUGUCCAGGUACGUAGCAAGAACGAUGGCUCGGGGGUGGCCGCAUCCGUGUCGGGGGUUCGCAGACGAAGCGGCUCCCAAGGUUUACGAUCGCCCGCCGCGAAGAGGCCACUCUCCGCUCCCGUCGCCCUUCAGGGAUGGCUACACAAACAGGGCUCCGAGGGGCUGAUGCUUUGGAAGAAACGGUGGUUCGUCCUCUCCGAGUACUGCCUCUUUUAUUACAAAGGUCCGGAAGAGGAAAAAUUGUUGGGCUCGAUAUUGUUGCCGUCGUACAGAGUUACCGUGUGCAAGCCCGAGGACAAAGUUAAUAGAAAGUUUGCGUUCAAAGCCGAACACGCGAAUAUGAGGACUUAUCACUUUGCAGCGGACAGUCGCGAAAGCAUGAAUCAGUGGGUGAACGCGUUGACCUUGGCGACUCUUCUUCAGGACCCAAGUCCUGGAGCCGGCGAAGCAGCGGUGGUAAUCGAGAUAGCUGGCCAGCCGGACGGGGAGCGGAGCGCACGGCCGAGCGUCUCUUCGAUUUCCUCGAUUCUGAAUCAGAGUGCGGACGACAGCGACUCUGGAUUUCACGGUUUUCAAUCGCGGGACGAUCCGAGCCACGCUUCCAACAACAACUCUAGCCCGAACAGCGUAAACACCGCCUCUUUCCCCAAUCUCAGUGGCAGCAACAGCAACAGCAACACCAACAACGGAAACAACAACAGCAGUAACAACAAUAACAUCAUCACCAACACCGGUAACAACAACGCGAACGAAGUUCAGCCAAUGGUAAACGGCUGGAUUCAACAGCAAACUCCGUACGGUCAACCUAGCACGUCGCAGCACCAACAUCAGCAACAGCAACAGUACGGUCAGCUGAUGCCCUCUUCUCAGCAACUGCAGCAGGUUCACUCCCACCAACAUCAAGCGUUGCUUCAUCAGCAUUUGUCUCAUCAGAGUACCAAUCAAACUCAUCAGCUCCAUCAUAACAAACACGUCGUCCAGCAGCCGCAAUCCCAGUCGCACUUGACAGCCAGCAACGUACAAACUGUGCAGCCCAUGGCUCGAAAAUUCGGUCAACCGAUCUACGCGAACGCCCCGCCCAAACCUAGAAGACUGACCGACGGAUCGACAGAGUAUUCGACUCCGUCGCCGGAUCCGGACUACCGGAAAUCACCGGUAUCGCCGGACGUUACGGUGACCAGCAAGAGCCCGAUGUCGGACUACGACAGAGGCAGCGUGAUCUAUGGGACGAGGAUGAAUCAACCGUCGCAGCAGAGCCUCAGAACGGAUAAAUCGGGCUUGAAUUACGGGUACGGGCAGGUGCAAACGGAAAGGCGCACGCCCGACACGUACGGUCGUAGCGCGGCUAAACCGCGAUCCGCCAGAGGGAACGGUGACUACGAGGAAGUUUAUGGGGCUCCUCAACUGUAUCAGAGGCCAGCCGGACCUGUUGGCUAUACCAAAGGAUCCUCGCCAGCACCUAUUCCGAUUCCGCUGUACGCGCAACAACAUCAGCAGUAUCAGCAGCAGAUUCAUUCUCCUGGCACGCCCUCCAAUAUGCCAAUAAUGAGGCAACCGAGGACGCAGCCACCACCGCGACCGCAUAGCGCGGACUUCUUGGAGUACGAAGCUACCAGGAAGCCUCAUCAGCAGAUGCCACCGCAGUGCGAAGAAUCGCUGAAUCAACAGAGGCGUCCACAAAGGCCUAAAUCGAGUUUAGACAUAGUCACUCCGUCGGACGCUACCAACGACGGUUAUUUCUAUUCCGAGGAAAGAUACGCGGCGCAGAUGCGGCAGUCCUCGGUUUAUCUCCAUCAAACACCUCAGCAUCAUCAGCAACAAAGGAACCAAUCGCUUUCCCGAGCAACAAUGCCGUCGAAAGCAUCGGGAAUCCGCGACAGAAGCGACGAGAGUAGAAUAGCAACGCUGCCGGAAGUUUCCUGCUCUGGCCUGAGGCGGACGCAACGCGAGCACGUUCAUCAGCAACACGCGAUACCUCACCAAUCCCUUCAAAGGCACACCGAGGUGAACAGCAACGAGGCGAAACUGAGGCGAUCGUUGCGAGAGAAGAGUUACGAGUCGAGUAACCGAGAAAUGUUGAGUCACAUGGCCGAGGACGGAACGGUGCCGCGAAGAAUUCCACGAGAGUACGAGUCGUCGAUGGCGGCGGGGUGGGGCGGCAGACCGACGAGUCACACGGCCCAGGGGACUACUCACGUGGGCCAACCGUGUCACGCUCCUCACGCCGCUGCCAGACGAUGGAACGAACAGCAACAGUUCUGCAGAUCGGCGUCCGCGCGUCUCCCGAGGACCAGGCAUCCGGCCGCCUUGGAUCCCGACGACGACGACUACGACUACGGAGAACGAUCUUCCGAACAGGACUCGCGGGAUGGUGAACGAAAGAUACAGCAGCGCGAGGAGUCAAUGAAGCGACUGCUGGAAUGGAAGCAGCGAAUGCUGCAAUCGCCGUUAACCCGGAAGCCAUCGACCUCGGUAAACAGAGGACGGGCGCAGAACGAGCUGUCCAACUAUUACAAGCAGCAGGCGCUGCUCGAGCUCGCUGCUCACGAAGCCUCUGUCGCAGAGGGUCGUCACUCACGGCGAAGAGAGGACGGUCAUCGGCCACAUAUCCGCAGCAAGAGCACCGACGGCCGCCGGACUGUCGCCAACGUUUCGCGAUACAACAGCUACUCCAGCGACGACGAAGAGCUGGGAGAUGUCCGGAGGAAGCGCACGCGUAGACCCUCGCAUGCAGGAAGGAGCCCCCGCCAGCACGGAGACAAUCGUUCGUCGGGAAAUCCGCUUCACGAUGCCAUCCCCGGAAGUGGCCGCCAGAGUCAGAACGCUAUUCGAGUCUCGAACGACCGACAACCGAGCCCCACCGCUACCGUUCUACCUAAUCUGGGAGGAAUACCCCCGGAUGCCGGGUACGAGGAGGUCAGCUUCCCUCCUAUACCGAGAACCGAACGUUCUCCGGAGUAUCUUUCCUCCGGGCAGACGUCUACUACGAGAACCGAUCGGCAAGAUCACGAUACCUCUUCCAUCGACGAAGACAAACUCAAGAAGAAACCGUCCGGAAUCCUCAAGACUUCUACGGUUUACGGUGUCGAGCAAGCCGGCAAGAAUUCGAAUUGCUCGACCGGAUACGCGACAGACACCUGGCCUGCCCAGAAGACGGUUCAGUGGACCACCAAAAAGGAACCCGACGAUUGGGAUUCCAAUAUCGAUGAGAGCAAGGUCAUCAAAGAAUUUUCUUAUCAGUACAUCAAGGAGGAGCUGGAGCCGAAGAAGGAGGACAGGUCUGCGACUAAACCGGAAACCAUGAAUCUGGUGCAGUGUAGGAUACGAUCGUUCGAGCUAAACAUGGAUGGCUCGAGUCCGGUGAAGGAGGUAUUCGCCAUGCAGGAACCACUAAAAGUGUCUCCUCUUCAAGCGACGGAAGCCCACGUCUCUAAGCUAGACUGUUCGAAAAAGACGUCGUCGAUAAUCCGCAGCUUCGCUCUGGGUGAUUCGGAUUCUCAAGAUUGUAAGUACAAAAACGUCAAAGACAGCCAUACCAAACAAGCGUCCACGGAUAGCAACAAAUCCGUGAAGGAUCUGCUGGCGGAUUUCGAGAGGAAGUCUCGACAGGUUCAAAGACAAGAAUACGGUAGGCACCAGGAAGUGAAACACCGUGGAGUGUUCAGCGACUCGGAGGCUUUGCUGUACGAUACGGGCAGCGAUAUGGAUCAGCGUGAGAGAAACGAAGACGCGCAGAACGAGAGGACCCUACAGAUCGAUCAAGUUGUACCUGAGCCUAUCAACGACCAUAGAAUGUACACCGACACGACAAAGAAGAAGGGGGACGUCUCCUUUAGACGCAAGAAAAGAUCAUCGUCCAAGGAGAGCGAGAGCGAUCAAACCAUACCUACGGAGGAUCUAGACAUCCUAUCGAAUCCCAGUUGCGCUAGGUUAAGCGUCACGGAAUCUCUGUUGACUCACGGCGAUCGUUUCUCCGGAGAAAGCGGUACCACGAGUCCCACCGUGAAGCAAGAGGAUAUCAGUCCCGAAGAACACUAUCUGCCCAUGACUCCUAGAAAAGCUAUAUUGGAUCCGAACGACGACAGACCGAAUCCAAAGAUGAUGGAGAGCCUAUUUGCUAAUUUGGACCACGAGGAAAGUUCGUACGUGGAGAUGGCGCAGAACGGUAUGACCCAUUCCCUUUUGGCGCCCACCGACGAAGGUAGAAAACACGAUUCCGGCGAUUAUUCUACCUUGGACACGCCUCACUACGAGUUCGUUUGUGUGUCUGACAACAAAAUGGAGCCAGUGUACAUGGAGGUGAGUCAGUUGUCGGGAAAGGAGGAACAAGACGGUGGAAAGGUGUCUCUUUCAAAGAGAAACGACGAUUCGACAUAUUCGAGGACGACCGAUCUCCCCGAUAUUUUAACAGCCCUCAAGUCCGAUAGUUCGGACGCCGAUGACGAAUCCUCAAAGGAUCUCGAUUCGAUCGACGCUCCACGGCAUCCUAGGUUCAGUCUGUCGGAUACUUUCAGGCCCGCCUCCUAUUAUUUAGGCGCUAGUAGAACCAUGAUCGCGGAACUGCACGAUUCUUCCGACAGCGAGCUGGUAUCACCCCCGCCUAUUCCAACCUCCCCGCCUCCGUUGGACGAUUUGGACUCUUUGGACAUGCAAGAAUCUUUAGAAAUCAAAAAGGUGUCUCCGCAAGUAGCGGUGACGAAGGAUAACACUUCGGGCAGAGACUCUCCGAAGUCGUGGAACAAACCGAUGGGUCAGAUCGAGACCCAUAGGCCUCCGUCGAGAUUUUCGGACGCUACCAUCAGCUCCACUUUUAGAGACAGUAGAAUAUCUUUGGAGAGCGCGUCCGGAAGCGACUCGGUGGAACUGAGGAUGCCCGAGGAGGAAGCGAGACACAGACAAUUGAAAACCAGACCAGUCAGCGAAGUGUGCGAAGUUCUCGACAGCUUAGACGAGUUGGAGUCCCUCGGAAGCCGCUUCGACGGAGCUAGUAUCGACUUGGAUCAGUAUCUGGAGGAACUGCAGGCUCGCGACGCCUUCAACGUCGACUUGUAUGCGAAAGAUCUCAGUUACAAUAGCAUUUACGGAUUCAACGAGAACAUGAUGGUAGUGGACAAGCUUCAGAAGACCACCUGCCGCGAUCUGUCGAGACAAGCGAACUUGGCCUUCGAUAAUCUCGACCAAUCUCUAAGGUACGGCGCUGCGAACAAAAUGGGAUCGGCGAGUAGCUUGCCUUCGAUGAGAGUCUGCGACGCUCCUCCUUCUCAUCAGCACUCGCAAUCCUUCACCGGGGAUGCUCAUUACGAAAAUAUUUCGAGCUUUUCUCCACUGAGAAAUUCACCGGCGAUUCGAUCGGACAACCAAUCGCGAGACAAUUCGCAUGGUCUUCAGAGAGGAUCUCAAAAUAAUCUGCUUACGGCUUCUCACAGCAGAGACUCUAGUUACUCUCUGGCCUCUGGAGCCGCUUCGAUCUCGACUUCUAUGGCUUGUCAGAGACCUGCCAGCGCCCAGUCCUCCAUGCACUCUCCUACGGGUUCGAUGUCCUUAGGAAACCACGGGAACAGUUUGGUCGGCAACAUGCUGCAAAACGCGAGUCCCUACUCCGAUCUACGGUUCCAAAGUCACUCGAGGUCGGCCAGUCAGGAUUCCGCUAGAUACUCCAUGAUAUCGAACCACAGGUCGUCGUCCAGUCAAGAUUCCAGUCACUAUCAAACUUCGACGUCUACGGUUAAGGCAAAUCCCGCGCCUCAAUCGUAUCUGCCAGGCGAGCCACAUCUACAGAGCGAGCAGUCAGGCGCUCCUUACUACUACUCCGAUCUCCAAGGUAGCGUAAACGCCGUAGACACCGCCGAGUCGAUGAAGCCGAUCGGUCAUUCUUCCAGAUUGCCUCAACUAAACAAUCAAAGAGACGACGCAUCCGCGUUAAACAAGAGGAACGAUAUAGGACGUAUCGUGAAUCCAAUUUCCAGGCAAAUGCCCAGACAGAUUCAAGUGGAUGACAUAGACGAGGCUAGGCGAAUAGCAGCCGAACUCAGGAAAACUACUUGUCAACUGUUGGGCGACAACAAAGUCGAUCUCGUAGACAAGAAGAACUUUUACGAAGCCGAUACUCUGAGGAGGGUAAAAUCUACCGAUCCACUGCCUGAUAUCUCGUCGGCAGAGAUUAGCACGAGGAAUCUGUAUCCGCAUGGCCUUCGCGAUAAGUCGAACAGCCAGUCGAACAGCCAGUCGAACAGCCAGUCGAACAGCCGAGACACCUUCGAGUUGGCGCUUGGAACGCAGACGUCCCAUCGAAGGUCUAGGUCUUUGGAGGGCCUUUUGGACGACGUCGGGCUUCAGAAUCUGGUGGAACAGAGGAACAGAAACAACCGAGUAGCAACGGUUCCGCCCACUCAGGCUGAGGAAGAAGCGCCUCAGAACAUGGGCGGCAUCGGUGGCGGUUCUACGUCGAACAGCUUCAACGUCGAUGACCCCUGGGAGCAGGACUCCUUGUGGAGAGAAAGUCUCCGGCGAGUGAGUCUAAGAAAUGCCAGGUCCCUGGACAAUUUGGGCAGUCCACCAAGACCGACCAUAUCUAGCUCGGACUCGAAGGGACGGAACAAAAUCACUCGUGGUGCCACCUACGUGAACGACAGCGUGAUGUUGCGACGGGAGAAUUGCUCGGAGGAUUCUUCGGACAGGCCACGCGUGAAACGUCGAGCCAGCAAGGAACAAGAGAGGGACGAGAUGGUCGACGAUCUGACGUACGAGAGUCUGUCGAUGGAGCGGAUUCACGCGAGCGGGUACGUGUGGGACGCGCAAAACGAGGCUUACCGGAAAGCCACCGCCGAGGAUAUGGAUCAUUUUUUAGAGGAAGGCAACCUUCCCCCGGUUCGCUCGAUCUCGGAGACAACGCGGCAGAUGUCCGGGCCUGCGGCGACGUCCGCGGCGUUCGAGCUCGAUCGAGAGAAGCUACGGCAAUGGGAUCUGCUGUCGAGCGCCUGCUUGCUCCAGGAACAGCAGCGCAGCUCAAUGGCGGACUCGGGGCGAGGGUUGCCAAUUGCGGAACGACCUGGAGACGUUCUCGAUGCGUCGAGGAACGGUGCACCGGUGCUGAACAACGGCGCCGGCACCGGGCCGAUCACGAGCGCGACGGUUGCGGCCAAUCGCGAUCGGGACGUCGUUUUGGAGGUGCUCGAGAAGGGCGUACAGCAGAGUACCUCGACGGCAACGACGACGACAACGACAACAACGACGACGACGGCGGCGGAAUAUCUCGGGCCGAGCAACAGACAGGAUUUGAACCAGGAGACUAAGGAAGCUUGUAACAGGGCUGCAGCUUCCGGCUCUGGAUCGGUGAUAGGAAGGGAUCCACUUCCGCCGAGAGCUGUCAGCACUUCGCAACUAGCACAAAGAACGCAAACGCAACCACCGGCGACCGUCUCUACUCUUCCACUGCCGAGGAGUAACGCCACGCACAGACAACCCUUGCCGCUUCAUCAAUCCACUCCUCAAUCGAUCAGACAAUCGGAAAACGAUAUGACUAACUCGCAAUUAUUGCGUGCCGCCAGCAGCGGCGACAUUGGAACCGGAUCUGCCAUGUUGAAUAACAACGACGGAAAGGACAUAAGAUUAACAUCUCCCAGCGGCCACGCUACUCAACGGUUGAUGAGUCCGGCUUUGAGGGUCGUUUCCUUGAACGACCAUAGAGUUUCCAGCCCUAGCGACAGCGAUAUACGAGUUCAUAGUCCAAUCGAGAGGAAAAUGGUGAGUCCGAUCGGCCGAGAGGUGGACCGCGGCGGGGGCACGGCUGGUAGGCAGAAUCAACGCGUAUGGGAGUGCAACGAGUUGCUGCACAAAAGGAGCAACGUCAGCUCCCAGCGAGCAGAGGGCGGCCGCAAGCUGCCGCAAGCCGCAACCCAGGGACUGGUUCGCGUGUCCGCCGGCGAACUCCUCGGCAGGACCCACGAGGAGUUGGUGCUCCUGCUGAUCCAGCUACGCCGGCAGAACGCCACCAUCUACAAAGCGAUGGAGAAUUGUCACAUGGAGAUCGAGGCACAGGCUAGAUUGGCAGAGCUCGAUACUCCGCGACGAUUGGAGAACCUUCAGAAACUCGAGGAACUAAAGAAGCAUCUGAUGGAUCUCGAAAAGCAGUACGAGAAGGGCAAGCCGCUAGUGAACCUCGUGGACAACAUGGUGAAGUUGGGCUCCCUCUACAAUCGCAACACUGCCAAUGGGACCAACAUCUUCUCGGGUUCUCGACACGACCUAGCACACGACAAUUCGAGGGAUCAUCGUCUGGAAUUCAAUCAGAAGGUGCAGGAGCAACGUUUGCUCGCCGAGGAACGUAGAGAUUGGGACCGAUUAAGUCCCGAUCACGGACAAUUACAGGCCAAGGUGCAGCAGCUCUACAAACUGGAUCGCCUGCUUCAGGAGGAAUCCGGAACGCUUCACAGUCUUCAGCAAGACAAGGAGAUUCUGGAAAAAGCUCUAGGUGGUCUCCGACAUAAACUGCAGGGCAGCAGAAGCAAUUUGGUGGAAGCAGAGAGAUACAGAAAGCAGCAGCUCCUUCUGGAAAAAGAGCUGAGCAGAGUGAGAGUGUUGCUGGCACACAACUCCAAGGUAAAGCCGGUAUUCUUCCAGAAACUCGAGGAAACGGUCGCGGAAAAUGCGAGAUUGGAACAAGACCUGGUGGUGCUGCGACAGAAGCUGCAAGCAUCGAGGAGGUAUGCAGGAAAUAUGACCAGAGACACUUCGGCCACGACUGGCCCUCUCGAAGCAGAAUUGAGAAGAGUUCAACAAUUGGUCGGGGAUCUACAGAGACAACGAAAGGAAUUGAGCAUUCAAGUUAGACAGUUAACGGAGAAGUCACACAGUCUGGUGCAACAGAUUCGACCGCAACCUACUUCUGCUCCUCAAGUGCACCAACCAAAGAAACGAACGCAAAACUCUUGGUUGGAGACCGAUCUUGAUUCUGGGAUAACUCUGGACCACGGUUUGGAUUCGCCAUCGAGCCCUGCGCUGUCCUCGUCGCCUCGUGGCAAGCAGAACGGUGGACCGUAUCCGCAUUUCAGUUCACCGAUACAGAUCAAAGACUCGCCCCCCACGAAUCGUCAGCAGACAAACCUACAAUCGUACCCUCAGUCGCCGCAGAAUCAUAUUUCCUCGCUUUCCCCUCAGUUACGAGAACAGAUUCAACAACAUCAGUUGAAGCAACAGCUUCUAAAGGAUCAAAUGCAGGGAAAAGGAAGCCUGAUGCAAGCGAACGUUUCUCCGUUAUACGUCAACACGGAGUCUAGAAUUCACGAGAACAACAGACAAGACGAAAACUUGACGAAUGGUACGAUUCCUCCGCCGGAGUACGUUCCACCUCCUCCGCCGCCACCCUUGGCCGAAGAAACGUUACUAAACGAUAAUUACAGACAAAACGAGGACAACAAGUUCGCCGGUUUAAUCCACAACCGUGAGAAACAAGAGAUUAAGACCGUGCGAAUCGUGAAACGGGAAUCGGAAAGACGGCAAAGAGAUCGAGGAGACAGAACUGGAAACAUUGGAAUUCCAUUAACGAACGGGCUUCAGGCGCCUGGAGGUGCCAAGAGAUUGUGCGACGAUGAUUUAGAAGGUUCUCAGAAGUUCGAGAAGGCUCAAUUGGGAAAGGUGGUAGAAGAGUCGCCGAUGAUUCACGCUCAAAGCACAGUCCAGCUGACGGAUUUGGACGACGUGCAGUUCCAAAGAAGCAUGUCCUUACCGAGAGGUUUCGGCGGACAGCGGCAACAGCAGCCCGAGAUUCAUCAGGUUCCGGUAGUGCCUCCUCCCAGAAGCGACAGCAUGCACGCUCUGAGAACCAUGCUAGCCAGACGAAAUAAAGUCAGGUUCGAAACUCAAGAUGGAAGCUCGGACAGUACUCUGUCGCCGUAUACGGAGAGCCUCGCUUCGAGUUCGCACGUGCCUAUGAGCUCGCCGAAUUACUCGACCAGUCCGUCCUAUAGCCCCAGCCAGCAGAAUUAUCCGAUUAAACCGAACCAUCAUCAGCCGCCGUACUACCCACCGUACAGACACUACGAGAAUCCAUUGAGAAACGAGAGCAUCCCGGAGCCGGUGAGUCCGGAGUUGUUGUCACCGACGAACCUCGAAGGCCAGGACAGAAUGUUCGGUUCGUCGUUGAACGUGAACGCGUCGAACUCGCCGCAAUUGUCGCCCAUUUUCAAGAGCGAGGCGGCGAAACAGAUCAUCAAGGAGAUGACGGAGAAAAAGAUCGAGGGGCCGAGGCGCAGGCAAAUUCCCCGCGAGAAAAGACGACACUAUACCGUGUCCAGUAGCAAACCCAUUCUCGAUCUAGAAGACACCUUCUCGAAGAUGGGAAUGGGAAGAGCCAGAGAUGAUCUUGAUAUGGAACGAGCGCUCAGGCCGAGGAUCAACGCUCCGGAUGUCGUAAGAUCGACUUUGAGUCACAAAGAGCUGAAGUAUAACGAGAGUACCAUCGAUCAGCUGCUAGGAACGCCCAACAAGAUCGUGAUCCCUGAAAGAUAUAUCCCUGAACAGACGCCGGAAUUAACUGCGGAGGAACAAGAGCAACGAUUGAAGAAAGCCGAAGCGAUAAGAAAGAUGCUGUCGGAAACAACCGUGACUGCGCCAGAUGGAAGCGACGAUAAUAUCAAUAUCGAACAAUCAGACAGCUUGAAGAGAAAAGUAGUGGAAGAGAAACGGCAAAGAGAUCACAUUUUGCAACUGAAUCAAAUUUUGGCCAAGCAAGUUAUGGAAAAGAGCAAGAUGGUGGCGGUGAAAGCACUGGCCACUCUUCCUUUGAAGACCGAAUCGAGCUUAGAAGACGAGGAUCUCUCGCCCGUAACACCAUUACCGCUCUAUCAACAAAGAGAGAAUUAUUACUCGUAAGGUGAUCAAGGUCGUUAUUGUCCAUCGGACAUAGCUGUCAAAUACAGGUCCUUUUAGCACAAAAGAGAAAACUCUACUGCCAGCCCGGAACAACAGAGAAACAAACAUCUUUCCUCGUGUAACGUUUUAUCAAAUUUCAUAACAGACGACUGACUCGUCUGAUACUUGCUAUUACGAUUAUAUAAAAAGUAAAGAAAACGAUGUUUUUUUUUUUUAUUUGCGUGAAUAUUGUACAUAAUCAUGGAUUAAAUAAACUGAUAAUAAAUAGCUGUUCUCUGGAUCGUCGAUAAGGACUAGCAGUAUAAUGGGUGUCGAACAGAAUUAGGUGAAUGAUAUUUAUAGAAGAAAAUAGUAAAUAUUCGAAUGAUUAUUUCAAUUCUUUGUCUAAUUUUUUAUUACAUGCUCUUUUUUAAUGGAUUUUUGUUUGAUUUCGUUCGUAAUAAGUAUCGUCUGAUUUAAUCGACUAACGAAAAAUAACUUGUAUUUGCUAUUUUCUACUUGAAGCGUUUUAUCGUUUAAUCGAGACAGGAUGGUUUCAAGUUUCGAUGCGCCUAAGACUUUAAUCGUCGUCCAUCCUUGGAUUACCGAAUCUGCAUUAAGAAUACAUACUUCUGUUCCACGGUUUCGCGAGAUAUUUGUAUUCAAAGGAUGCUUCUAUUCGUAUUUAUACAUUUUUUAACGAUAAAUACACGAAACAUAUAAAAUUCCGUCGUCGUAAAAUUAAAGACUAAUUACGAAGCCUAUAUUCUAUAAUCGUAAAUGUUGCUCCAACGUAAAACGUUCUAGUAAUAAAUAUUCUGAUGCCAUCUUGCUUGACGCCAUUCUGACUCGAUGUUUACUCUUCUACCCGAAGAGAAUGCUUCCACGAGUUUCUAUCACUAGCAAUAAUAAUAAAUUAAGAAACGAUCGCACAAUGCGACUCAUUUAACGAAUGACUGUAAUCGAAUUCCUUUAAUUCGUGCGAAUGCCAUUAGCUAGAGAAAGAGAAUCGAGUAUAGGGAUAAAAUAAGUACCCACUCAGAGAUAUAGUUAAUCAGAGAGUUCGGCUAACUAUAAACAGCUGGAAGAAUCAAGUACACUUUAUAUCUCGCCUUUAUUUCUCGUGCUACCUUACGAAAAAUUUCUAUAUCGCAGUUUUAUCAAACUAUAAAUUCCUCCAAGUAUUACCAUUCCUACGUAAUUUCUUUUUCUUCUUUUAUCAAAUCUAUCCUUUUGCAAGUUUUUCGUUAAUACAGGUGAAAAUGAAAGAAGCUUUAUACGCGUAUAUGGGUCGAAUUCAGUGAAAUUUGUCUGUUACGCAAAGUCGUGCUUCGCAAACUCGUCCUUUCGCAAAUACUUCUUCGAGUUUACGUUUACGUUACAGUAACGUCAAUCAACAACAAAUAAUUUAUUGUAUCUGUACAUAUUGCAACGAGUUCGGGAAUCAUCGGUUUAAGUCAUCCGCGAAUUUACGUAAGAGAAACGAGCAUAUUAGCGAUAAGGUAAAAAGAAUAAGGUAAAACUUAAGGUUGAAUUUACGGUAGAUGCUACGAGCGGCGCAACAUAGUUAAACAUUAAUAAAGAUCGCUAUAAGUAACGAUCGCAUUGAACUGACUGAGACUAGAGUGGAUUUAUAGUGUGAAACACCGAUCGAGGAUAUAUGAAAUUUUAAAUAAGUUCUUCGAACGUCUCUCUGUGUGCUUUAAACUUUGUUUUUAACGUGCGAGAUAUGAUCGAGUCGUUGCAGUGAAACGUUUAUUGUCAACGUUAUCGUCGCGUAACGAUGUACAGCAGUCGUAUAAGUAGAUGAAUUAACGCUUGUUUCAAUCAAAAAUAAUGUAAGACGUUACAAAUUAAACAACAUAUUUCUUAAUACGGAAUGAUGUAUAAAUAACCGAUUGAUUUUCAUUGUCAAUAACUUUUAAACAAAAUAAAGACAAUAGUCUUUUAAUACAAGUCAUUAAUACAGUUUAUCGAUACCUGGAAAUUCUGUACAGAACAUGAUUCUAUUAUCCAGACGUUGUACAAAGAAACAAUCGAAACAAUUCCGUCAGGCUUAAGAAAGUCUUAAAGUAAGAACUUUAAAGCAAUCACGAAAGAUUAAGUUAAUACCGUUUAGUAAUCUAGUAAAAAAUGAAAUAAAAUAUCUAAUGACUCGUUUUAACGGACCUUUAAUUCCUUUAAUCGUACCGUUCUAAGCGUAUAUUAUAUGUCGCGUUUUUUACAAAUAAGAGAACGAUACUUGAUGCAACAUUGCGAUUAUUUUCUACAAGUUCGAUCGGUAGUUUCAUUCGUAGAUCUGCUCCAACUUCGACGCGAUCAAACGCAUGGAUUUAUACGACGCACGAAUCACUCGAACACUCGCCACUCUAUUCGAUACUUUUCUUACCAACUUCUUCAUACGGAUGCAUACGUUUGACCGACGUUGAAUCGUCUGUAAUUUAAGGAACAUGUAACAUAUACAUCUGUACGUUUGGGAGGCGUCCUGUAACAUCGUUCUUCGUGAAUCGUUUACGCCGCUUUUGACGUUUCCGAGCAGCGUGUAUUAUAUUUUUCCGAGGUCGACUCUCGUGUUUGUCACCCGAGAUUGUCCAACGUAUUGUCCAAUAAUAUGAGAAAAAAGGACGACCUCGAAAGUGCGACUAGAUAAGUUCCAUAAAAGUGUCUAGCAUCGUAUCCAUUCGAUGGAAAUUUAAUCGAAACUUAAUUCUUUGAAGCGGGAAUUGAAUUCGUUGAUAUCAUUUUAAUCAAAGACUAAACGGGUUUUUCGGGAUUAUCGAUCUCUCUUUUUAUCUAGGUCGUUCAGAUUAGAUAUUAUCGAACAGUGAACGACAUAAAUAACAAAGUCUUCGUAACGUAGCAGAAAAUGCUAAGCAACGCUUCAAAGGACUAAGAAGUAAGGCAGCGUUGAGACGCGAAGCGUCGCAAAAGCGUGCUAAUGUUCGUAAGCUAUCGUGUACGGUCGCAAUCUGUUAAAAUGCUUAGACGAUUCGGAACGACGAGAGCGUUCGAGCGAAAUCGAAGAGUGCCAAAUUACACUCGCAAAAGCAGAUCGAUCGCGAAACGCGGCAACUGCUCGUCAAUUAAACGAGGAAGAAUAAAAGAAGCGGAAACCAGCGAGACUAACGCGCAGCACAAACGAUUAAAUCUAAGGAUCUCCCCUCGACGACUGUCAACCCCGAGAAACGUAUCUCGCUAAUCACGCUAAUUAAUAGUAGAAAUGCGUUACUAUUAUCGAGAACUCUUCGGUCCACAGGCAUCGACAUUAGGAAUAGUUUUUUACGAUACGAUGAUCCGUGUACGAUGUAGAAUACACGGUGAAACCAACGAUCGAAUCGCGAUCGCUCCUUCGGGAAGCGAAUAGGUCGAGAAAAAGAGCUUAGCUCGUAAAGAGUAGCCGUUUCAGGCAAUCGGUACCAUCGUGCCCUUUUUAAGAACGUUCCUCUGUGGAUGGAGUACAAUUCCAGCGCGAAUCAUCGCGGACGUUGAAGGCAAAAGUUCGGGGAAGAAAGGACGAUACGUUCGUUCAUCGCUGCAAACUCCUCGUUCGACGUCCGAUUGGUCCAUGGUACCUGAGAAAUCAGCGACAGGUUGGUUUCUGCGGUUACCACUGCGCCAGGCGGAUUGUUAGAGCGACGUAAACACCGAAACGCUAUUGUAAAAGAAAACUACUGUGGAAACAGGAACUGUUAUUGUUACACGAAUAAAAUAAAAUCCAUAUUACAUGA